AUGACAGACCCCGCAACUAUCGUGAGCCUCGUUGGCACUGCAUUGCAGUUGAUUGAAGCAGUAAAGGUGAUCGUCGACUAUGGCAUGACACUUAGAGAUGCACCUAGCGAUGUUAUCGCGUUGGCGCAUGAGCUGGACGUCUUACAUAGCGUCUUUCAGAACCUUGCCAGCCGACUCGAGCAACAAGACUCGGUCCACACCUUUCCAAGGUCCUCAACUUUGUACAGCACUGCUAGCGAUUUCAUCGACCAACUUGAGGAGUUUAGAAAGGAGCUAGAAAGAUUCCAAGUUGCCAGUUCGGGCCCCCGAAGAGCAUUACGCUUGCUCACGUGGCCUUUGAAGCAAUCACAGACCCAGAGAAGACUUCACCUCCUACAGAGAUAUACAAGCAUUUUUCACUUAUCGGUAACCCUUGAGGGUUUCGAGCUCCUUCAACGGGAUCUCUCUUCGUUCGCAGAAACACAAAGGAAUACAAACCAACUCUUACGUGCAUUGCAGAAUGGUCUCCAGGCACGACUGACGGCGUCACCACAGCAAAGGGAUUCAGGACUUUCAGAUGUGGUAGAGAGUCUUCGACGGGCGCUAGAUACUUACGGCUUCGACGGACAAUACGAGCGGGAAAUCUUGCGGAAGCUCUCUACACUUGAUUACCGAGCGCGGCAACAGGAGUACUUUUUGAAACGCCAUGAAGGCACCUAUGCAUCUUUCCUCAACGACGCCCGGUUCACAGAAUGGCUGCGGGCAUCAAAGGGAUCGAUGCUGUGGUGCCCGGGGAACCCAGGGGCGGGGAAAACAGUUCUUGCUUCAGCAGUGAUCGAUCAUGUACUUGGAAGGAAGCUAGAUUUGGACGCAGCUGUUGUUUACAUUUACUGUGAUUACAGGGAGACAGAAGCUCACGAUGUUUCAGCACUCUUGUCCACCAUGACGCGACAGCUUCUAGAGCAAGACGGAUGUCAAGCACCAAUUGAAGAAAUGGAAAAGUUGCAGGAAGAGGUAGAGCAAAGACAUAGAGCUCUGACGGAGGACGAUCUUAUGGUCCAGUUCCGGAAAUGUGCGCAAGAUUUCGGUCGCGUUUACAUUAUCAUAGAUGCCCUUGAUGAGUUACCGGACCAUGUUAGAAAUGACUUCAUUCAACGACUUGCAGCGCUUGAUGGACAGGUAUAUCUAUUUGUGACCUCACGCCACAACAUUGACCCUACGAUCGACUUUGAUAAUGCUGCCCGUUUCGACGUCGUUGCCUCGUGGGAAGAUGUCGAAACCUACAUGAGAUCCGAGAUCAAGAAGUCCUCGCGCUUGAAGCGAUAUAUCGAGGGGCCCAAGGGUGACCCUUCGCUUGAGACUGAGAUCCUGAAGGGGGUCUACGGGAUGACAGAGGGCAUUUUCUUGCUCGCAACUCUACAGAUACAAUCUCUUUCCAAGCAGCAUAGUGUCGAUGGUGUCCGCAACGCGCUGCGAAACCCACCUAAGAUCGUCCUUGAUCAGUAUAAUGAGACUAUGGACAGAGUGAAUGACCAAACCGAAGAGGACACAAAACUAGCUCUGAGAUUAAUUUCACUUGUACGUUACGCUAUGAGGCCGCUGACAGUAGACGAGGUCUGUCAUGCUCUGGCCAUCCAGCCCGGUGAAAGAAGCCUCGGCGAAGUUCCGGACAUCGACACUGCUCUUGAAGUGGCGGUAGGUCUUGUGAGGGUAGUUGGACACAGCACGAAUACCGCUUCUUCUGACCCGACAACAACAAGAAAGCAGACUGUGAGACUCGUACACCACACAUUGCAAGAGUACAUUGACCAACGACAACUCUUUCCAACCUUUCAUGUGGACUUGACACAGAAAUGUCUCACAUACCUGUCGUAUGACGACCUGGAAGACUGGCUUACUGCCGAGGUAUCUGAGGACGGAUGGGCAGGAAGGCUGUCUUUCUUAGAAUAUGCUGCACUCAACUGGGGUAUCCACGCUCAAGCGGUGCAGACCGAAACUGUCAACCACAUCCUCACAUUUCUUACCCAGGCACCGAGGCCACAUGUCACCAAAGUCCUUCAUAAGGCGUACAGCAGAGCCGAUAACCUACUACGAUAUAAGCGAUACGAUAUCCCACCAAUGGCGGCUCACAGCAGACCGCGAACGCCCUUGAUUAUUGCAACCAUCCUGCAACUAGACUAUGUGGCUGAAGUAUUGCUUCCAUCACCUUCCAUCAACAGUAAGGAUAUGAACGGGCUCACGGCACUUCAUUACGCUGCUAGAAGUGGGAACGUCGCUAUCAUCGACAAAUUAGUAGCUGCUGGCGCUGAUCUAGAUGAUAAGGACCCUUCACCGCUUUCCAUAGCUCUUUGGCAUCUUCAAUUACCAGCAGCAGAGCUUCUAAUCAAGAACGGCGCAGAAGUUGACCAUGAUGAUCUAUCAUCAUUACUGCCUUCCAUGGCCUCUGCAACACGGCGUGAAUCGCCUGAAAAGCGCGAGUCUGCGAUAAUGUUUUUGCGAUCACAUGGGCCACAUUUCGAAGCACGGUUCUUAGAGCUGGAGAGUCUCAAUCAAUCUUCUGUAGUAUGA